GCCGCUGCUUACACAAUGACUCUUGCGUGACGGUGCUCACUUAGCUGCCGACCGUGGCUGCUUAAUCGAGCUGCUGUGGCCGCCGUUUCCGCCCUAAACUAGGUUUUAUCAUUGAUGAUUGUGCGUCACUCGCAGGAAAGAAAGGCCGAGGCAUGCCGGUCCCAUGCGAAGACGCAAGUCAGACCGCUCGAGCAGCAGGUGCCACCACUACCACCGCGAACAGAAUGGACGCAGUCAUCGAAGACGGCGUUGUCAGGUCGUCUGUUCAGGACGUGUACAUUCCGGACGUCGAUCUCGGCACUUUCUUCAGAGGAUGCUGCAGGAAGUACAAGGAUCGCAUUGCCAUGGUGGACGACGCUACGGGUGAGACUUACUCCUACCGGAAGAUGGAGGACGUGUGCCGGCGCGUUGCGGCUGGUCUGCGAAAUCUGGGCUUCCAAACGGGAGACCUGGCGGGCAUCCACAGUGCCGUCGCCGCCGACUUGAUCGUGGCAUUUUACAGCACUGUUCUCGCCGGUGGCCGCAUGGUCUUCGCCAAGGGCAACCUCACCCAACGUCAGUGCCAGCUUCUCUCAGCUUUUCUUUCUUCCUUUGCACAUACGGUUUACGUCACGGUCUUUUGUGACGACGCAAAUGCCGAAAAGACAAAGGCUGCUUGCGAAGCUGUGCCGUCGGUCAAGACGCUGAUAACCAUAGGUCAACACGAAGGAAUGAUCCGCCUGUCGGAGCUCAAGGAAUCUACAACUGGCUAUUCGGCUGCUGGCAUUGACCCCCGAGGUGUGCUGGCCAUCAUGUAUUCGAGCGGCACGACGGGACUGCCAAAGGGUGUCAUGGUGUCGCACCGAAACUUCAUCACUCAGCUCGUUGUGUCUGGGGACGAAGGAGCGCGACUUUUCGUUGCCAAUGACAGGAUGCUCGGCACUGCCCCUUUCACACACGUAUCGGGCCUCUGGCUCUACAGCUGCUGUUUCACGGUUGGCGCUUGCGUAAUCGUCAUCGCUCCCACUGACCCAGUUUCUGUUCUUAAGGCCAUCGAAAGACACAAGGCUACAGUGAUGCUGCAGUUUCCGACACAAGCGCAGAAGCUUGUGCAGUGCAAGUGCAUAGACAACCUCGACGUGAGCAGCAUGACCAAGGUGCUAAUUGGCGGAUCCACCACUCCCACCCUAGUUGCACAAGGCAUCAUUGAAAAGUUGAAGUUGAAAGCCUUCCGCCAUAUUUUCGGCAUGAGCGAAACGUGUGGCACUGUCACGGUUACCCCAGCUGGUAUAGAUGACUACGAGAGCGUUGGGAAGCCUGUUCCAAUGACGCACAUAAAGGUCGUCGACGUGGAAACUCGCGAAAAGCUUGGACCUCGCGAGAACGGCGAAAUCUGCGUGAAGGGCCCAUACUGCUGCCUCGGCUACCUGAACAAGCCAGAGGCGACAAGGAACCUGUACGACGAUGAUGGCUUCAUUCAGACAGGUGACGUGGGCUACUACACGGAGGACGGCAAAAUCUACGUCGUGGACCGCAUAAAGGAGUUAAUCAAGUGUAUGGAUCAGCAAGUGGCGCCUGCGGAACUUGAAGACUUGCUCGUGCAGCACGAUGCUGUCAAGGAGGUCGUCGUGACCGGCGUUCCUCACCGCGAGUAUGGAGAAGCUGCACGGGCAUUCGUCGUGCUUUUCCAGGAAGACGCCGCUAGCGAAACACUCAAGGACGAGCUCGCAAAACUGGUUGCCGACCAAGCGGCUUUUCAUAAACAUCUUCACGGAGGCAUCGAGUUUGUGACCAGCAUUCCGAAAUCUGAUACAGGAAAGAAUCUUCGAAGGGCGCUGAGGGACUCUUACCAGAAGAACACGAACAAAGUCGGUCCAUUUUAACUCGGAAUUUUUCUGCUCCGCUAUUUUUCUACGGAGAUUUCACGUGGUUUCAUGACUUCUCGGCGAAAGAACGUGUAGCUCUGUCUACUCCCGCAUGAAGCUGAUUCGAAGGACUCUUCUUAAAUACAUUACCAAAUGGCUAUCGAAGGUUGCUUUUAAGAUAAUCCCUUUUAGGUUACACGCCAUAUGCUUAGGGACCGUGGUGGUGUCACUAAAGCAUUCUUACGAUUGUAUCUUAAUUACGCUUGUAUAUUAGUAGUCUCUGCCUACUGCCAUUGUUUCCGUCCCUCCUGUAUAUUAGUAUUAUUACCUGAUAUGUAAUAAAUGUUUUUAUAGAACUGCUUUUAAUGAACAAGUCUCGCAUUUUCUUACAUGUGGUGUCGUUGCGUCUACGA